CUGGCGACAAAAGAUAACAGAAAAAAAACGAGCCCUUUUCUGGCUUUGUUGUUGUGUGACGUCACCGACGUUUAACCCGGAAGUGAGUGGGUGGUGCGCGCUUCUCCGCGCGUCCCCGUCGCCAGCAGCCACGAGGUAGUUGGACUUGCGGGGUGCAGGAUGCCAUGGCCUGCAGAUCGCGCACCCGGAGCCUGCAGCUGCUGGACACGGAGCUGAGUGCAGACGCGGUGGAGUGGUGCCCCGUGCCCCCUUGGCACGAUGUUCUGGCGUGCGGAACGUACCAGCUGCUGAAGCCGCCGGAAGGGGUGGAUGUUGAGUCCGCCGUUCCCAGCCGCAUUGGACGACUGUACCUGUUCCAGUUUCAUGAGGAUGGUCUGCAUUGUCCGCCGCUCACUGAGAUUCAGCGCAUUGAUACAUCUGCCAUACUUGAUAUUAAGUGGUGCCAUGUGCCUGUGUUGGAGCGCCCCCUACUGGGCAUGGCCACUGCUAGUGGGGAAUUACAACUAUGGAAACUGACUGACACUCAGGAUGGCCCCAGUGGGCUGGAGAUGACAUCGUGUAUGGAGCUGGGCCCUGAUAGGCUGGCUCUGUCUUUGGACUGGUCCACUGGUAGGGGGGACAGCAGUGACGUGCGAGUGGUGUCCAGUGACUCCACAGGGGGCAUCAGCGUGCUGGCGCUGGGGGAGGGCAGCCUUGCCAAGCUCUCUCAGUGGAAGGCUCACGACUUUGAGGCCUGGAUCUCUGCCUUCAGCUACUGGGACACUCAGCUGCUCUACUCAGGUGGGGAUGACUGCAAGCUGAAGGGCUGGGACCUCCGCAUAGGGCCAUCCUGCCCCACCUUCACCAGUCAGGGGCAUUCCAUGGGGGUCUGCAGCAUCCACAGCAACCCACACCGGGAGCACGUCCUGGCCACUGGCAGCUAUGACGAGCAGAUGCUGCUGUGGGACGGGCGCAACAUGAAGCGGCCCUUGGCCGAGACGCUGCUGGGUGGUGGCGUGUGGCGGCUUAAAUGGCACCCGACUCAGGAGCAUCUCCUGCUGGCUGCCUGCAUGCAUAACGACUUCCACAUCCUACACUGCCAGCAGGCUCUGGAGGGCAGUGGUGAGCCAUGCUCAGUCCUGGCCUCCUACAUCUUGCACAACUCCCUCGCCUACGGAGCAGAUUGGUCGCGCCUCCCACUUACAGGAGCCCCUGCCUGUGACUCUCAGGAGACAGUAGAGGCAGAAAGAGCUACGCUGGAAAUGGGAGUUCACCUGAGGAUCCAGUACGAAUCGCCCACAGCCAGCUUCGACACAUCGCUGGAGGAUGACAUGGGCCGGUACAUCCCUGAGGGAACGCAGCCCAGUCCUGUGUGUGCUGUGGAGGCCACGCCCCCUGUCCCUGCUGGCCACGCCCCCACUCUGUCCUGCCUGAUGGCCACCUGUUCCUUCUAUGACCACAUGUUACACGUGUGGCGCUGGGACUGGAGCCUCGAAGAGAGUGGAGAGGCUACUAGUGCUGAGGGCCAAGGGGGCGUGGAUGGCGGCCAUGGAGGAGCUGCAGAGGGAGGAGAUUAGCUACGCAUGCUAACUGGUGCCACCCGCAGCAUUUAUACUCAGGUGUGGGGAGGAGAUGGCUGUGAGGCCUGGGACAGCAAGCAAUUAUGACCAUGAUCAUGGGGAGGGCGGCGAUUGACAGCAUAUGGCUGGAGGUUCCAGCAUUUCACCUGCCCCCCCUGCGCUGAACAGAACAAGGUCUCAACGUGGAAAAUCUAGAUGGCAGUUGUAUCUGCACCUAGAUAACCAGAUAUAACCAGAACCUUGACUAUUUUGUAACUGUUAUUUUUGGUUAUGAAUGGUUUAACCUCCCACCCCCCAUGUAGAGUCAGAGGAGAUGUCUAUAAUCAUAAGAAAGACUAGUUAGUGUCCUGCUGGUGUUUCAUCACAGCAGUAUAGCUCUUGUCAACCAAAAACUUAAACCAAAUGAACUUUCGUUUAAAUCAGUUAUAUGAAAACUUGAUAUGACAGGGUUGAUUGUUAUCUGUAUCUUAUUUUUAAUUACUGUGUGGUGAUACUGGCUGUUUUUAAGCUUUGUACUUAAAUACAUUGUUGCAGGAUACUGUGUCACGUUUUACAAAGAAAUGCCAAUUACUACAGCAGUACAUCAAUAAAACUAAUUUGUACA